UAAAGAAUACAGAUAAAACCGCCUUCCGCCCUUCUCCCUCCGCUCCACUUUUCCUGCUCUCUCUCUCUCUCUCUCUCUUCAUCCGGAGCCAUGUUUGAAGCAACUGCGUCCGUGGUUCCUUCGAUCUGGGCCUCCAUGAACAGUUGGUUCACCCCCGCAGUCCUCUUCGUCAUCCUCAACAUCAUGAUCGGCACCAUUGCCGUCACCUCCGGCCUCGGCACCCAGAAACCCCAAUCCCGGACCAAAGACGCCGGCGACGACCACUCACCGCUGCGCCCUCAGCUCCUUCGAUCUCCCUCCGUCCUACAGCGGCUCAAGUCCAUCAACCUCUACAGUUACAGAUCCCCGGAACCCACCACACUCCCCUCCGUCGUCGAACCGACGCCGGAAGUCAUCGAAGCGGCGUCGGAAGUCGUCGAAGUCCCAGAACCAGAGGCCGCCGUAGACGAUAUCGAGAAGGAAGAAGAAGAAGAACGACAACAAACUAUGGACGAGGUUUAUGGGAUGAUACAGGGCCGCUGCGUCAGCAGGGUGAAGUCCGACACCCGGCCGGCUUCCGGCGAAUCCCCGGUGAGGCUGCCGCAGAAGCUGAAGAAGUCGGCGAGUGCGAAGUCGGCGUUCGCGCAUUUCGAGGAGAGCGAUGUCGUUGAGAGCCGCCGGCCGGCCACCGUGAGAGAGGGGAAGGCUGGAGCGACGGAGCAUUAUGGGGAGGCGGACGGCGGGGUCGACGCCAGGGCCGACGAUUUCAUCAGCAGGUUCAGGCAACAGUUGAGGUUGCAGAGGCUGGAUUCAAUUAUGCGUUACAAGGAGAUGCUGAGUAGAGGGAGCGAGAAGUAAGGUAUUUUCGCUGUCCGGGGCGGGUUUUUAAUUUUUAAUUUUUCUGUUGCUGGUUUUGGGGGGGCUGUUUUAUAAAAUUUUAUUUUGGGUGGGUUUCAACUUUUUCCAAUUGGCUGUAAUCUUAGUGAUGUACUAGUUCUUGCUGAACUUUAUGCUAUUUUUCCAAAUAUGUCCUCCCUAUUUCUUGCUUUAA